UGCCGAAGAUGGCGGAGGGGCAGGUCCUGGUGCUCGAUGGCCGUGGCCAUCUCCUGGGCCGGCUGGCAGCCAUUGUGGCCAAGCAAGUGCUGCUGGGCCGCAAGGUGGUGGUGGUGCGCUGUGAGGGCAUCAACAUUUCUGGAAACUUCUACAGAAACAAGUUGAAGUACCUGGCCUUCCUCCGCAAGCGCAUGAACACCAACCCCUCCCGAGGCCCCUACCACUUCCGGGCCCCUAGCCGCAUCUUCUGGCGAACCGUGCGAGGCAUGCUGCCCCACAAGACCAAGAGGGGCCAGGCUGCCCUGGACCGGCUCAAAGUGUUUGAUGGGAUCCCACCCCCCUAUGAUAAGAAAAAGCGGAUGGUGGUCCCUGCUGCCCUCAAGGUGGUGCGACUGAAGCCCACACGCAAGUUUGCUUACCUGGGCCGCCUAGCCCAUGAGGUGGGCUGGAAGUACCAGGCGGUGACAGCAACCCUGGAGGAGAAGAGGAAGGAGAAGGCCAAAAUCCACUACAGGAAGAAGAAGCAGCUCAUGAGGCUGCGGAAACAGGCAGAGAAGAACCUGGAGACAAAGAUCAACAAGUACACAGAGGUUCUAAAGACCCAUGGACUCCUGGUCUGAGCCCAAUAAAGACUUAGUCCUUCA